GACCCCGGGUAGAGCAGCGGUAGCGGGAGGAGAGGGGACGAGGAGGGUAAGCGCAGGAAGAGGCGGGCAUUAUGGGGCUGGAAGAGGCACAGGAGCUGGAAUGCGCGGCACUGAGUGCGUUGCUGCGGGAGCCGCGAGAAGCCGAGCGCACACUGCUGCUCGACUGCCGCCCCUUCCUGGCCUUCUGCCGGCGCCACGUGCGCACCGCGCGGCCCGUUCCCUGGAACGCGAUGCUGCGCCGCCGCACGCGCGGUCCGCCCGCCGCAGCCCUCACUUGUCUGCUGCCAGACCGCGCGCUGCGAGCACGCCUGGCCCGCGGGGAGCUGGCGCGCGCGGUGGUGCUGGACCAGGCCGGCGCCUCGCUGGCCACGUUGCCACCCGACUGCCCGGCCCGUGUACUGUUGGCCGCGCUGCUGCACGAGACUCCUGCCGGGCCCACGGCAGUGUGCUUCCUGCGAGGAGGCUUUGACGCCUUCCAGGCCUGCUGUCCUGACCUGUGCUCUGAGUCCCCCGCCCCAGCGACACCGCCUGCUCUGGCAGAAAACAGCCGCUCAGACCCCAGGGCUCCCUUCUAUGACCAGGGUGGCCCGGUGGAGAUCUUGCCUUACCUGUUCCUGGGCAGCUGCAGCCACUCCUCGGAUCUGCAGGGGCUGCAGGCCUGUGGUAUCACAGCUGUCCUCAACGUCUCCGCCAGCUGCCCCAACCACUUUGAGGGCCUUCUGCGCUACAAAAGCAUCCCGGUGGAGGACAACCAGAUGGUGGAGAUCAGCGCCUGGUUCCAGGAGGCCAUAGGCUUCAUUGACUCAGUGAAGAACAGUGGGGGCCGGGUGCUGGUGCACUGCCAGGCUGGCAUCUCCCGCUCUGCCACCAUCUGCCUGGCAUACCUCAUACAGAGCCACCGUGUGCGGCUGGAUGAGGCCUUCGACUUUGUCAAGCAACGCCGGGGGGUCAUCUCCCCCAACUUCAGUUUCAUGGGGCAGCUGCUACAGUUUGAGACUCAAGUGCUGUGUCACUGAGGCAGGACAGCAGUACUCACGGCCCCGGGUUCCUGGGGAGCUGACCUGGGACAGCUGGGCUUUUUUUCUGGGCCUCACAGUGCCCCUUACCUCAGGCAGAGCUGCCCCUUCCUUGGAGUUUGGAAAGCCCCCAGGUGGGGGCGCUGGAAGUACAGGAAUGCCGGAUUCUCUUACCUGGUGCUCUUCUGCUAGGAGUCUGAGGCUGGCCCUCGUUCGGGACAAGAGUGAAGAAUUUGUGCCCUCCAGCCCCAUUCUUUGGCAGAAACUAACUGGACUCUACACCCAUGGAUCCACUGGUCCACCUCUGUGUUGAGGCCCAAGGAACAAGCUGUGACAACCAGGAGCCCUGUCUGGGGGUGGCUCACUGCAGGGCCCGGAGCCUGAGCCCUGUGCUCCUGGGGAGCUGGGCUCGAGGAAGUGACGUGUCCCUGUGUGUGAGCCUCUCGCCUGCGUGUGUGUAUUUGAGCAUUUCACGCCCGUGUUGGCGCUGGAAAGUUAUUUGUGUUCAACUGACAUUUAACACUCCCUCCCCUACUUCCUCCCAGCCCUGUGGGCGGGGGCUGGAAACUUAGCACUUUAUAUUUAUACCGAACUUGGAGGAUGUGUCAAUAAAAUAUUGUUUUGUUUAAAAAAA